ACAAAGAGGAUUAGCUCCAAAAAGUUCCUCCCGCCAAACGAAAAAGGGCGCAAAUUUGAAUCGACAGAGUACUCAUCGUUCGCCGCUGCGGCCGCGCCACCGUUACUCGAGAUGUAUGGCCACCCGGCAGAGAGUAGUAAAACGGUUACACGGUGGGCAGAGGAUCACGGUUUGUGGCGCAUUCUGGCCCUCUAUUUUCCUCAAACUAGUGGCGACGACUCAGACCACCGAAUGCAUCUCGCAUCUUCUUUGCUUGAUUUCUUCUUCUCUCCUCAAGGAAAAGAAUUCGUCAGCCAGGUUAAAGAGGAGGAUGGAUCAUUCUUCUUGCCCCUCGACUUUCAGCAUUUUAAGAAAGCAUGCAACAUUGAAGAAUUUUAUGUAGCACUACUAGAAAAACCUAAACAAGCUCUGCUCUGUAUGAGCGCGGCAUUGCACAAGGUCUAUUUUGGGAAAGAAGAUCUGAUGGAGGAAGGUGUCAAGGUUACAAUCCGUCUUCACAAUCAUCAAGAGUCUAUGAUUGCUUUGAAGAACCUGAAGGCUGCUUAUAUUGACAGGCUUGUUUCUGUAAGGGGAACUGUAGUAAAAGUUAGCACAGUCCGGCCGCUGGUGAUACAAAUGAGUUUUUCAUGUGCUAAAUGUGGGACCACCAUGACAUGUGAUUUUCCUGAUGGAAAAUUUUCUCCGCCAACAAAAUGUGAAACUGUAGCAUGUAAAAGCCGAAAUUUCAAUCCCAUCAGGUCUACUGCUCUACCAAUCGAUUUUCAGAAAAUAAGAAUUCAAGAGCUGCUCAAAUCUGAACAUCAUGAAGAGGGGCGGGUUCCUCGGACAGUGGAGUGUGAACUGACCCAAGAUCUAGUGGAUGCAUGCAUUCCUGGAGAUAUUGUCACAGUAACUGGUAUCAUAAGAGUUAUCAACAAUUACAUGGACAUUGGAGGAGGAAAAUCAAAGGGGAAGAACCAAGCACUAUACUAUCUGUACCUAGAAGUGGUUUCAAUAAUAAAUUCAAAGUCCCAGUCUGUGUCUGAGGAUGCACAAGAUACCAAUAUCAGUCAUAGGUCCUCAGAGCAUUUAGAUCUGUACUCAUUUUCGCCAAGAGAUCUGGAAUUCAUUGUAAAGUUCUCCGAGGAGCAUGGUUCAGAUGUUUUCCGUCAAAUUCUGCAAUCAGUUUGUCCAUCCAUCUAUGGCCACGAGCUUGUUAAAGCUGGAAUUACGUUAGCGUUGUUUGGUGGUGUUCGGAAGCAUUCAAUGGAUCAGAACAAGGUGCCUGUCAGAGGAGAUAUUCACGUAAUUGUUGUUGGUGAUCCUGGGCUGGGUAAAAGCCAACUACUUCAAGCUGCAGCUUCUAUUUCUCCACGUGGGAUAUAUGUGUGUGGCAACGCCACAACUAAAGCUGGCCUGACUGUGGCAGUGGUGAAAGACUCGAUGACAAGUGACUAUGCAUUUGAGGCUGGUGCUAUGGUACUUGCAGACCGUGGAUUAUGCUGUAUUGAUGAGUUUGACAAAAUGUCAGCAGAACAUCAGGCCCUAUUAGAAGCAAUGGAACAACAAUGUGUCUCUGUUGCAAAGGCGGGGCUUGUAGCAAGUUUAUCAGCAAGAACAUCAGUUUUAGCUGCAGCAAACCCUGCUGGGGGUCAUUAUAACCGAGCAAAAACAGUGAAUGAGAAUCUGAAAAUGAGUGCUGCUCUUCUCUCACGAUUUGAUUUGGUAUUCAUAUUGCUUGAUAAACCUAACGAGCUGCUGGAUAAGAGACUCUCAGAGCACAUAAUGUCGCUUCAUGCUGGCCAUGGACAGUCCUCACCCUCUGGAAAGAGGUUAUGCAGAGAAUCACGCAAUAACAGAGGAGUAGAUUUGAAUGUAAAAAGUGGCUCGUUAGUUGCAAAGUUAAGACUUGAUCAUAAUGACAGAGAUUUCACUCCACUGCCUGGUCCUCUUCUACGAAAAUACAUUGCUUAUGCAAGAACUUAUGUAUUUCCAAGGAUGACAAAACCAGCUGCAGAAAUCUUGCAGAAGUUUUACUUGUGUCUGAGGGACCAAAAUACUACUGCAGAUGGCACUCCAAUAACGGCUAGGCAGUUAGAAAGCUUGGUAAGGCUGGCACAAGCUCGAGCUAGAGUGGACUUGAGGGAAGAAAUAAGCACACAAGACGCUUUGGAUGUUGUUGAAAUAAUGAAAGAGUCGCUUUACGAGAAGUAUGUUGAUGAGAAUGGCCUUGUUGAUUUUGGGCGUAGUGGUGGAAUGAGUCAACAGAAAGAAGCCAAACGAUUUUUAAGUGCAUUGAACAAGCAAUCUGAAUUACAGCAAAAAGAUUGCUUCUCUAUAUCUGAAAUAUACAGUUUAGCAGACAAGAUCAGCUUAAGGGUUCCUGACAUUGACAGCCUUGUGGAAAAUCUAAAUAGUGUUGGGUAUCUUUUAAAGAAGGGCCCAAAGACAUAUCAGGUGUUAUCAUCGUCUUAUAGUCGCACUCAGUAACCAAGGACAAGAUAAUAUAUGUGAUUCAGGCUUAUAUUUUGAAGCCAUAUACACUAAACUUGAAUAUGGCAUGCUCCAACAAGUCCAAGAAAUGCUAAGCAUAUGGGGUGAUAGAUUCAACUUGUACAGAUGAGCCCCUGGUUUAUUAUUUUAGUAGACGAAAUUUUGCGUGUUAAAUUUUUUGAUUAUAAUAUCAUAACUGUAACAUGUUUUGAAUGCAUGUAUUUUUUUUGAGUUGGGAUCAGGAUUUGUAUACAUGUCUCUCUUUUACAAACGGGAGAAAUACUUUUUAUUCCUAAAUGUUCCAAAAUGUCAAAAUAUGCAUAUCAA